GCAGCGGAGAACAGUGAGGCCGGUUCCUUAGCAACGGGGGAACGGAGGACUAAGCUACCAAGAUCUCAAUGUUUGGAAAAUUGUCCACCUGGUAGCAGGAAGAUCAAGAAUAAGAAGAAGCCGAUCUGCUGUUAUGACUGUAUAAUGUGUUCUGAAGGAGAAAGAUCCAAUAUCACUGAUAGUGAAAACUGCAUAAAAUGUUUACUCAUAGAAUGGUCAAGCACUAAAAGAGAUCGAUGUCUUCCCAGGCAGGAGGAAUUCCUCGCCUAUUCUGACAGUCUCGCUAUAACAUUAUUGACCUUUGCUCUUCUGUUUUGGACAAUAUCUGUUCUGAUAUUAGAAAUUUUUGUCUCACAUAAAAAUUCACCAAUUGUGAAGGCAAAUAACAAGGACCUGAGCUUCAUCCUUCUCGUCUCACUCUCAUUCUGCUUUUUUUGUGUGUUUUUAUUUAUUGGUCGUCCUUCUGAUAGAACCUGCAAAUUUCGACAAAUAGUUUUUGGCAUCAUCUUCUCCAUCUCCGUGUCUCGUAUAUUGGCCAAAACCACCCUGGUCUAUACGGCUUUUAAAAUAUCUAGACCUGGAAGUCCAUGGAGACAGCUGAUGGGAAAGAAAGUGUCCACAUGUAUAGUAGUGUUGGCCUCAGCCAUUGAGGUUAUUAUCAGCAUUAUUUGGCUAUACUUCUCUCCCCCAUAUCUGGAGCAGGACACACAUUCCUAUCAGAGAAGGAUCAUCAUUCAGUGCAAUGUGGGAUCUCAAGUAGCCUUAUUUGCUAUUCUAGGUUAUUUAUUUUUCCUGGCAGCUAUUAGUUUUACUGUAGCUUAUUUGGCCAGAACAUUACCAGAUCGAUUUAAUGAAGCCAAGUACAUCACAUUCAGUAUGCUGGUGUUCUGUAGUGUCUGGAUUACUAUGGUACCGUCUUAUCUGAGUUCUAAAGGAAAAUACAUGGUGGCCGUAGAAGUUUUUUCUAUAUUGGCAUCAGGUGCCGGACUUUUAGGCUUUAUAUUUUUCCCAAAGUGCUACAUUAUUUUCCUCAAGCCCGAAAUGAAUACAAGAAGGGGAAUGCACAGGACUUGUCCGGGGUUCAUAGUCAUCAAGGCAAAGUUUAUAGAGCAUAACAUCCAUAAUCAGCAGCUUUCACAGCAACUUGAGGCCAAUAUUAUGUUCAAAGUCCAUUAUGAAAUAUUUAUUUCCUUUACUUCACCUAAGGAAAGAUAA